AACGCCGGCAAUGCGCUGCAACCUUCGGCCGGAGUCGCACGUACACCGGGACAGUUUUAUUUAUUUUAUUUAUAGUUUAUAACUUGACGAAAAAAUGAAAAGCCUACUUCUUGCUGUCGCCCUGACCUUAGGAUUAGUCACUGCUCAAGAAUUCAGCUGCCCUGAGAAGAAUGGAUACUUCUCGGACUCUUACCAAUGUGACCUCUAUUACAAGUGUGUGAAAGGCAAAGCUGAAGCAAAACUGUGUCCCGACGGCCUAGUGUUCUCCGAUGAGAACCCUACCAAGGAACGAUGCGACAUCCCCUCCAAUGUCGACUGUGGCGACAGAAAAGAACUACAGGAGCCCCAGCCCACUAAAGGUUGCCCGCGACAGAAUGGCUACUUCAAGCACCCUGACCCUCAGGCUUGCGACAAAUUCUACUACUGCUCAGACGGCAUCCCCAACGAGCACCCCUGCCCCCCCGGCCUCUACUUUGACGAGGAGACCUCCAACUGCGACUGGAAGGAUGCAGUAAACCGCCGCUGUGACCAGAUCACCAAGGAUGUCUUAGACGACGGUUUCUCCUGCCCCGAAGGCGAGGUGAUGGGCCCCAACGGCCGCGCUCUGCCCCACCCCACCUACCCCCACCCCGAAGACUGCCAGAAGUUCUACAUCUGCAGGAACGGCGUCCAGCCGCAGAAGGGCAGCUGUCCAUCGGGCAAGGUCUACAACGAGGACACGUUCACUUGUGACGACCCUGAGAAGGUUCAGGGAUGUGAAAACUACUACGACGGUCAACCCCUGGACAAGAACAAAUUGCCGAAGAAAGCGUGAAGGGUGUCAUAAUAAUUUAAGUUUAAGUUACUGAACUAGACUAUAUUUUAUGUAAUAAAAUGUAAAAUAAUUAUUAUUUUAA